AUGACGUAUGAACAGGCGAAAACACGCGAAAUGUGCCAAAGCAUAGGAGGUCACUGGACUGGAGGUCAGAUUAUUACUGGGCCUGUGUCCAUUUACCGACGAGGAGGCUCGGUUACAGGUACCCUGCCUGGCCGGGCCCGACGAAACCUGUGCAUUGCUGCUGCCUUCACGGGGUUUGUCGUUUUACCGAGAGUUUCAAAUAUCCCCUUUGGGCUUUUCACGGAGUCCAUUCGAGGGGCAAAUGAACUAAUCAUGCACGCACAAAUGAAGAAGCGUCUUCAGCAUGCUUAA